ACCACCCGUCUCGACCACCCGUCUCGACCACCCGUCUCGACCACCCGUAUCGGCCACCCGGCUUCGCGUCCCAAGCCAUGUUCAAGAUCACUCUCUCGCCAGACAGCCCGGUCUCCGGGUCGCCGCUCGUCCUCGACAGCUCCGUCAGCCCCAAUGGCGAGCUCCCGAUCGGCCGGGGCUCGCAUCCCUUCAAUAUCAGUGACAAGCGCUGUUCCCGAGAGCAAGUCAAGCUGCAGUUCGAUGUUCAAACCGGCCGGGUCUCGAUCAAGCGACUCGGACCCAACAACUCGUUUAUCAUCCGGAACAACAAAUCUGAGAGCAUGGACCGGAACCAGUCGUACGAGCUCAGGAGCAAAGAAAAGUUCUCCCUGCUCGACACUGGACAUGUCUUUACCAUCAUGAUCGACAGACCUGGAGGAGACACGGACCCAGCCGAUCUCACCGAUGUCACCGAUGUCGAAGACGAUGAUGCCGACCCAGACGUCCUCAGCAGCAUCAACAGCAAGCGCAUUCAGGCCCAGAACAAAAAGUUUGCUCAACCCCGACCCAACGACGACGACGAUGACGACGAUGACGACGAUGACGACGAUGACGACGAUGACGAUGUUGGUCCGUCGACAAACGGCUCUGGGCGCAAUUCGGCAGACACUGGUGCCAGUGGCAGCGCCUCAGCACCCAAGAAAGACGAUCGCCGGGUCUGCAUGUAUGGCGCAAGCUGCUACCGCAAGAACCCGGCGCAUUUUCUCGAGUUUGCCCAUCCGUGGAAGGACAAGCCCGAGAAGGAGCAACAACAGCAACAGCAACAGCAACAGCAGAAAAAGCCCACAGCCCCCAAGCCCCAGCUCGCUAGCACAUCGCGGACACCGGCUUCGUCGACGGGGUCGUCAGCGACUGCUGCUCCCGCCCCUGCUGCUCGCAUCACUUCUCCAGUUCGUGCGGCCUCGUCCAGCCACAAUCCCUCGCCUCCCAAGCACGAUCCCUCGCCUCCCAAAGGCCCAGGCCCGUACUUUGGUCUCGGCGUUCCCCAGAACCAGCCCUCAACAACCAGUGCCAAGCGAUCGUUCUCGUCCUUGGCUGCCCAAGCUGCAGCCUUGCUCGGCAGCAGUGCCGACAACGACUCCCUGGAUUCAGUAACCAAGCGACCUGCAACCAGCCCCGAGAGGCGUCUUGCAAGCGACCGAGCAGCAUCAGCUGCAUCAGCUGCUCACCUACCCCGCCCAACGAAUCGCCUUUUGAUGACCGACGACGAAGACGAUGAGCCCGCCCCAACUGUGUCCAAGAGCACCGUCGUGCCUGCCAAGCGACCACUGAUGCCCAUCGACAUGGAGU